UCUAUAAAAAAACUCUCGAUCACGUGGACGCUUCACUUCGAUUGACCACCACGUAUUUUGCGACAACGUGCUUCCCUUCACAUUUCGUACCAAAGCCCCCAUUCGAAAACCCGAUCACCGCCACAUAACCGACCUCCUUCUUUAUGGACUGCACGGCGCGCAUUUAACGGCAGCCACAGCAAUCCAACCCCCGUCCUCCUCCCGAAACCCCGACCUGAAAUUUCUUCUGAAGAGCUUCCAUAGAUAUCUCUUCUCGUGUACUCGGAGAGAUAACACUCUGCUGCUCGAAUCCUGUCCAUGGGUAGAUCCAGCACUCCUCCCACGAUUCCCUACUCACAGGCCGCACCGCCGACUCCAUUGAGUCUGCUUCCUGCUAGCUUUCACAAUGGAUCCCUUUCUCGGCCAACAUUCUUCUCCCUCGACUCACUCCCGCCGUUGAGCCCCUCCCCUUACCGCAAAACCUCCCCGAUCUCCUCCUUUUCCGACUCCCCGGACUUGUCCGCUGCCUCGGGCGAUAGUCUUCAGAAUUGCACGAUCCACCGUCGAUCCCGCAGCGAUCUCCCACCAGCGGUGAAGCCGGAGCCGAUCGAUGAUAGUGCCGAGCGCUUCUUGGUGAGCAAAUUGGAAGCUAAUGUCGGCGACGAUCUUUUCGACGCGUUUCUCAAUUUGGAUGGGUUUGGUUGGGUAGAAUCCUUAGAUAACCGUCGAGACGAAAUGGAAAGCAGGGGAAGCGGAAACAGCAAGACAGGCGGCGCUUGUAGCAGCGAGAGCGAGGCGGAGAGCUGUGCGAUUGACUGUGCCUUGGCUGGUGAAUCAGUUCCAGCUGCUAGGCAUUCCAGAAGCAUUUCGUUGGAUGGAUUGGUAGGUAGGGUUAACUUUUGCGAGAAAUCGAUUGGGGUUUCGCCUUCCCCCUCUUCUGGGUGUAAGAGAAGCAUGAGCUCUGAGUGCGAUUCGAUGGACGCGACCUUCAGCUUGGAGUUUGGGAGAGGGGAAUUCAGCGGGACGGAGCUGAAGAAGAUAAUGGCGGAUAAAAAACUGGAGGAGAUCGCUCUGGCUGAUCCAAAACGUGCCAAAAGGAUAUUGGCCAAUCGUCACUCUGCUGCUCGUUCUAAGGAAAGAAAGGUGCGUUAUAUUUCAGAGCUGGAAACCAAAGUUCAGGCAUUGCAGACUGAAGCUACAAUACUAUCAACUCAACUAAAUUUCCUGCGGGGAGACUCGUCUGGGCUUGCUACUCAGAACAAUGAAUUAAAGAUUAGGCUACAGGCCAUGGAGCAACAGGCGCACCUAAAAGAUGCGCUCAAUGAAGCUCUCAGUGCAGAGGUCCAGCGCCUGAGACUUGCCACCGCCGAGUUGGACAAGUCCCUCUCCCAACACAUGUAAAUUUAACUAAAUCUUGAGGAAUCAUUUUUAACGAGCCAGUUUUCAUUAAAUUUAACUUUAAUCUUCGUUUCUUUAUGCAUUUUUUUAAUUAUUCUUAUAAAUAGCCAUUUAUAUUGUAGCCUGCUGUAAGUUUUAAUUGAUUUGAUUCAAUUGUUGUAACUGUUUAAGAGGUUGUAUUUGUUCUGCUGAUUUAUGGGCUUCUUUUUCUUUUUCUCUUGAUCUGGUGAUGGAAAGGUGCUCAAUGA